AUGGGCGAGUCAGCUGUUGUCGUCUCGGUCGUGCGUGGCCGCGACCUCCGCGUCGUCCAGAAGCUUGGCGUGCAGGACCCGUACGUGGUGCUUCGGCUCGGAACAUCGGCCCCGCGUCGGUCCGAGACCCAUGACAACGGCGGGACAGCACCGAUCUGGCACUGCACCGAGACGUUCACCGACGUCCCGUUGCCACUGCCCGUGCUGCAGAUUGACAUUAUGAACAACAAUUGGAUCCGCGACAAGCCCAUCGGCAUCUGCGACAUCGACCUCAACGAAGUCUUUCGGCGGGCGAGCGUCGCCGAAGCGUGGUUUCCUGUCAAAUUUGAAGGCGCGCGCUGCGGUGACUUGCACGUCAAGCUGCAGCGCCCGUCGUCGAGCCCUCGCACUCGCGCCACGUCGACGUCGUCGUCGUCGACCAACAACACGGUGCUCGGCUCGAUCGCCAACGUGCACUCGGCCGUCGCGAUCGCAGAGCUUCGCGAUGAGAACGCGCGCCUUCGCAGCGAAUUGGCACAGCUUCGCCGGCUCUUGCCGCAACAAACCUUUCUCCACGCACCAAGCUACAUGGCUGACAUCCCGAUUGUUUCGAGUGCGAACGACCUCCAGCAGCUCCGGCCGAUUGGCAUGGGCGCCCACGGCACGGUCUAUCACGGUCUCUACAAGAACGACGUCGUCGCGGUCAAGUGCCUCGAUCAAGUCGAGGACCUCACCACGUUUCACCGCGAAGUCUCGGCCAUGUUCAAGCUGCAGUCGCAGCACACGGUGCAGCUGCUCGCGAUGGCCGACCUCGACACCAACCAGCCCAAGAUCGUCAUGCCGUACAUGGUCCACGGCGAUCUGCGCACGCACCUCGACAAGCGCCGCGCCAACGAGCAUACGGGGUGUACGCUGCCACAUCAAGCGAUUGCCGUCGCGGUCGCCGCCGCACUCGUGGACCUGCACAAGUGCAACGUCAUCCACCGCGACCUCAAGCCCCAAAACGUCUUGUUGUCGACCGACAAUCUUGUGCAGGUCGCCGACUUUGGUAUUGCGCGCGAGAACGGACUGCGCUCCAAGACGGCCGAAGUGGGCACGCCCCUCUACAUGGCGCCCGAAGCCUUCUCGACGAGCCACUAUGGCACCGAAGUCGACGUCUACGCGCUCGGCGUUCUCCUGACCGAGCUCGACACGACCAUGCGGCCGUACAGCGAAGAUUGCGUGAACGAGUAUGCGCUGUUCAUGCAAGUAUCCAACGGUCGCCGACCCCUCCUCUCGCUCACGUGUCCUCUCUGGUACUAUGAGCUCGCGCACAAGUGCAUGGCUGCAGAUCCGAUCGACCGCCCGACGGCCGCGCAGGUGCACAAGUGCCUCUCGCAGCACGCGAAUGACCCGCACACGACGACCACCAGCGGUGUCCCGAUCAUUGCGGGAACCGACGUGACGUUCGUGAGGCGGCUCUCGCCGUCGACCGAGCUCGCGCUGUACGGCUCCGACCCGGUCGUGCUCCAGACGGUUGCUCCGACGCUGGCGGAUGCACGGGCGUACGAACGCCAUUUGGGCAAUUUGUUCACCCUCGAUGCGCAGCCACAUCUGGUGCGGCUGGUUGGUGUCGUCGGCGGCGCCUCCUCCAAGCUCGUGCUCGAGUUUUUGGACGGCGGCGACCUAUUGACGUACCUCGAGCAGCCCGAGCCCCGACGACGCGUGUCGAAACUCAACCUUGUGAUCGGCAUAACGCACGGCCUCCACGCGCUUCAUGCGCAGGGCAUGGUGCACGGGCACCUCGAAGCCAAGCACGUCUAUUUAACAACGCGCGGUGAUGUCAAGCUCGCGAGCUUCAAGUUCGGGCACACCGGCGCGUUCUCGGACGAUAUCUUUGCGUUGGGCAAUCUUUUCGCCCGCGUGGACGCUGCGUACGCACAGCCGUCGGCCCAUGACCCCGUGUUGGCGUUCAUCAUCCAGCGCUGUUGCGCCGACGAGCCAUCGGUCCGACCGUCAACCACCGACCUUCUUGCGUGCCUCGCGUCGGCGUCCGUCGCCUAAACCAUCAACUCUUGGUUCCUUAUUGUCUAGUAGCCAAGUCGCCAUAUAGAUAUUCAUGUUUCAAUCAACUGUCUUCUCGUUUGCCG